CAGCCCAUACCGCCAGCCACCUCUGUCGUUGUCGCUACUGACGCGGCACGAGCCGGCGAAUCCGACAAGCCCCCGACCUCUCCUCGCUCGCCGCGAGAUCCCGCGCCCAUGGCGGUCGGCAUCGCGCUCCUGCUCGACCUGGCGGCCCGCGCGCCCCACUCCUCAGCCUCCCUCCACUCGCACGCCGCCUUCUCCGCCGCCGCAGCCGCCGCCGCCGCCGCAGCCAUCUCCGCCUCCGCUGUACCCCUCUCCGCGCGGCCCUUCUCCGGUUUUGCAGGAUUCACUGUUGCUCAUUGUGAUGCUGGUUCAACUUAUGGAUCGAAUGAUAGCCCUGAUCUUGUCAGUGAUCUUAAUGACAAGAUACAUGACUCGAUUCAUGAUCUCCAAUUACCGAUAAAAGAAUACCCGUUGGAGCUGAAGCCGCUUUUGUAUGCAUUUGGCUUUAAGCAUUUGAGUAUGACGACCAUUAGGGCCUUUUUAUUAUACUAUUUACCACUUCUGGAGCCUCGUCCGCCCACUGAUGACGAUGACGAUGAUGAUCUGCUUCAAGAUGAUUCAGAGAGGCCUCCGGUCGACCUGGUUACUCCCUUCCAUAAUUCAUUGAAGCAAAUCGCACGCGAGGUUUCUGUUGUAACAACAAGAAGAGUAUUCGAAAGGAUCGCGGUUCGUCAUGUUUCAGCAAGAACAGCAUGGAAGCUUCUCAAAGAUGCUGCAAAAUCAUCGAAGAGGAAAGCUAUGAGGGGGAUGUCAAUUCCAGAAUACACAUACUGUGUUGCCAGAACAACUUUCCGAGCGCAUGCAUUGGGAGUAGCUGCUACUUGGGUUGUACAAUCUAUCGUCCAGGUCUACAAAUGUUUUAUUCGUCAACCUGAUAAUGACGAGGAAUUGUUCGACGAGAAGGAAAAACUCAGAUUGUUCGGGAGAAGUAUCUAUAGCGUAACCAUCAAAUGUGGUUUCUCUUUGUUUUUUGCCUCGAUUGGAGCAGGCCUUGGUGUCCUCCUGCAUCCAGUGCAUGGACAGUGGAUUGGUUGUAUCCUUGGAGAUUUUGCAGGACCAGUUGUUGCUAUCCUUAUUUUCGAGAAGUUACAGUUCCCGCUAGAAGGGUAAAGACCACCAUCUCCCGCUACACAGUUAAGAAACCCAGGUCAUCCAACCUUGCGUCUAGCCUGCCUGGUUUUGAAGAACAUGAAGUGGAGCCUACACUGUCAGGAUCUUCGUUGGCCUAACUUGGAGCUCAAAGCUGAUGAAUAACUAUGCAUGGUUAAUAGCUUUUCGUGGCACAAUGUCAUUGGGUAUUGUGUAAUGCUUACUUUUGGCACAAUGAAUAACUAGCUAUUAUGUAUGCUUACUUCGCUACUGUGCUUCAGAUUUUGAACUCAAAGGAACAUCUUUUAUCCA